GUGUACUUUUGUGUGACCUCAACCUUCCGCGCGUUUUUUAGGCCUGGAAUGCUUAAGUCGUUUUUUAAGAAGUUUUUAUCAGCUGACGAGUCUGAGAAAAAGAGCUUCUCCGCUACGAUAGAAAGGAAUGUUAACCCAACAGAUAUAUGGGAAAUUAUUUCGGAGCUGGGAGAUGGGGCGUUCGGCAAAGUGUACAAGACUCAUAAGCGUAACACUGAAUUAUUUGCUGCACUUAAACGGGUUGAUUUUGAAUCUGAGGCUGAACUUGAAGAUUUUAUGUUGGAAAUAGACAUCCUUACUAACUUCAAGCAUAAGAACAUACUUACUUUGCACGAAGUUUACAUAUAUGAAAGCAAAUUGUGGAUUUAUCUGGAACUAUGUGGUGGCGGAGCUCUGGAUUCUAUUAUGGAGACUCUUGAAAAACCUUUAACUGAGCCUCAAAUCAGAUUUGUCUCUAGAGAAGUCCUUCAGGGUCUUGAAUUCCUUCAUGAAAAGCUGAUAAUUCACCGAGACAUGAAAGCUGGAAACAUCUUACUCACUCUUAAUAACGAAGUUAAACUUGCUGAUUUUGGAGUUUCUGCCAAGUUAACAGAUGAAAAGCAAAAGCGAUCGACAUUCAUCGGGACACCUUACUGGAUGGCACCAGAAGUUAUCAAUUGUGAAACUUUUAAAGAUGCUCCUUAUAACUGGAAAGCAGAUAUAUGGUCUUUUGGUAUAACUCUAAUUGAACUUGCUCAAAAAAGACCACCUCAUAACGCUACUAAUCCAACACGUGUUUUGUUGAGAAUUCUGAAGUCUGACCCACCAACUUUAUCUAGACCACAAUUAUGGUCUUCAAAAUUCAAAGCGUUCUUGGAGCGUACACUACAAAAAGAUCCAAAUCAAAGACCCGAGUGUAGAGAUCUUCUCUUGGAUCCAUUUGUUUCCGAUGUGACGGAAAAUGAUCGUAAAGUAAUUCAAAUACUAUUAUGUGAAGUCAAUGCAGAUAUUAUUGAAACAGUUGAAGAUUUCGAUCCAAAUGAGCCUAUUGAUGAAAUUGACGAUAAUGAUUUGAAUCCACUUAUACUGUCAGAUUCUACGAAAUUAUCAAUUCCUGUUGAAAUCGUUUAUGAUGGUGAUGAUGAUGAUGUUGAUAAUGAUAAUAAUAAAAAUGAUGCAAUCGAUGAAGAAAAUGAUAAUUCAAAGAAUAAACAUGAAUCAAAUAAAAAUCUUAAACAAAUAAAUGAUAAUAGUGGUGAUAGUGGUGUAAGUUUUGAACAAACAACUUCUGAUAAUCAUUAUGAAUUAACAAAACAAUCUGAUUCAAAGGUGGGGAAAAUGCCAGGACUAUCAUUGGUUGCAAUAGCUCGGUCAUGUUCUUUGAAACAAGAUCUACUACAGACAACCACUAAACCAGUUGUGAAAAUGCGUUCUAAAGUAAAACGUCGAUCUACUGUUGCACAUGUCAGUCAAAGAAAAUCCGGUUCAUUAUUCACUAUCUCAUCGAUUUACAAACCUAAUAACGUACCGGUAUCAACUAACACUAAUCAAUUAUCAUGUGAAAAAUCAAUUAAUACCAUACAAUCAAGAAAUAAUCAUAAUAAAUCAGCAACUACUAAUCAUACUUCUUUUAAAGUUACUGUAUGUCCUACAAGGAUAGAUAAAUCAAUGAUCAAUAUAGAUUUACCAUCUAUUAAACCAAAUAUAUCUAAGAAAAUUUGGCGAACUGAAUUAAAUUUACCAAUUUUAUCACCAAUAUUAAAAAAGAAUCAAAAUGUUGAUAAUAUAAAAUCAACAAUCAUAUAUGAUUAUGGAAAUUCUCAACAACCACAACAACAACAACAAAAUAACAAAAUGACUGAUUAUAUAAUUGAUGAAAUAGUCGAUCAAUUAAUUACAGAUGUAAUCACUUCUGACACAAAAUCACCUUCAAUUACAUCAUGUGUAUUUGAACUUAUGCAUGAUAUACAUUCAACUGUUGUCAAAUCACCAUAUACUACUUCUAUUACUCCUAAUGCCACGAUCAUCACCACUUCUGUUGUUCCUAAUUCUACUGCUAAAAUGGAACAUGUUGCUAAGGCUAAUAGUAAUGUUAACAAUCGUAUUCGUGAAACAAUUGUUCAUCCUAAGAAACAGUUGACUCCAUCAGAAACUAUUGGGCAUAAAUCUCUUGUCGUCAAUGAUGGAUUAAAAGAUCCACUUUCAUCAUUGCCUUCAACAACUGAUUUUCAUGAUAAUAAUAAAUCGAAAAUGGCUGUAUCUCCACUUAAACGUCAAAAUAGCGCUUAUCGUACAAGAACACGAACGCGUAGAUUUGUUAUUGAUGGUCAAAUGAUUACAACAACAUCGAAACGCAUUGUGAACACUAAUUUAGAAGAUAAAAGGUUCUGUGAAGACGAACAAAUUAAACGUAAAGCUGCUUUACGUGCAUUCAGAAUAUUAGCCAAACAAGAAGCACAUCAAACACGUGAACUGAAUGAACGUGCACAACAACAAAUUGAUAUAUUAGAGAAUAAAAUGAAUACAGAAUUUUCAACAUUGACAAAAACCUAUGAUCAUAAAAUGGAAAUUGUUAUACGUAAUUAUAAAUUACAAAUGGAACGAUUAGAUAAAGAAUUUGAAGUGGAAAUGAAACGUAUUCGAUCAGAAACUUCUAAAGAAGAGCGUACAUUUAAAGAUCGUUUAAAAAGUGAAAUUGAUACAUAUGAUCGUGCAAUGCGUAAAGCUGCUAAACGUGAUCUUAAUAAAUUUGAUCAAAUUCAAUCAUCUAAUUAUGAUAUAAAAUCAAAUUCAUCAUUAACUUCAUUAAAAUCAAAUCAUUCCAUUAAUAAUAAUAAUAAUAAUAACAAUAAUCAUUCACUUGUUUCUCAACGUUUAACAUUGUUUCGUGAAAAUCAAGAAUCACGUAUGAAUAGUCGUAUUUAUGAUUUACAUAAUGAAUAUAAUAAACGUCGAAAUUUAAUCCAUUCAGAAUAUUUAAAUGAAAUUCAUACAUUAAGAUUAAAUUUUGAAGAAGAUAAAUGGAGAACGGAACAUCGUUUUUUAUCUAUGAAACAUCAAUUGGAUAGAAAUCGUCAACUAGACUUAUUUAUGAUUAAACGUGAACAAUUAACUGGUCGAUCGGAACUUGAAUUAACGGAAUUGAAACAGACAAUCAAUAUGGAACGAAGUAAACUUCAAGCAAUUCAUUCCAUAGAAAGAAAAAAUUGUAUAAAAUCUAUCAAGUCUCUUAACAAACGUAGUAUUUUGACAUUACAACGUCAAUCUAGAAUCAAUACCAUCCAAUUGAAUGAAGCUCAAAAGCGUAUGAAUGAAGAAUUAGAAUUGUUAGAAUUGAAACAUAAAACUCAAACGGAUGAAUUAGAACAGAGUAUACAUUUUCGAUUACAAGAAUUAGAACAAAGUACCAUGGAGAAACGUAAUGCUUUAAUUGAUCAAGAGACUAAACGUUUACAAGAAUUAGAUAAUCGACAUCAAAAUGAAAUGCGUAUCUAUGCAGAAUCUUUACCUCGAAUAAAAGCUUUAAUGAAAGAACAAUUUGCUCAAGAAUAUAAAGAAGAUUCUUUUAAAAUAAAUUAUAAUAAUUAUCGAUCAUAUAGUCCAAAAUCUCAUCGGCAUAGAUUACCAAUUCCAAUAUCAAGUUUAACAAAUCUACGUUGGGGUUCACUCUCUUAUUCAAAUACAAAAUUAAAUAAUAUAUUAGAAUCUCGACCUAAUCGAUUGAUUACAUUAUUCUCUUCAGAUUUAAAUCAUAAUAAAAUAAAUUCAUCGGAUUCCAUGUGAAUUGUUUUAUAAUCAUUUUAAAGUUAAACUCAUUUAAUGAAUAUCUUAUUCUCUUCUUUCUUUUAAUCCUUUGGUUGUGAUUAUUAUUAUUACUUCACAAAUUAUAUAUAGAUAGAUAUAGAUAUUAAUGUACACCCAUAUGACUUUAUCAUCCUAUGCUUAAUUUAUAUGUUACCUUAUUCCACAUUAUGAAAUCUUCUACCAAUUUGAUCUUAACAGAGAGAGAAAAAAAUGAUCCUACUUUUAAAUGAUUCAAUUACUAUAGACACUAUUAUUAUUACUUGUAAAAAAAACAAAACAAAACAAGCAUCAAUUUCACGCUCAGAGUACGUCUACAUGUACAUUUGUGUGUGUGUGUGUGCUUGUACAUGUACAAUUCAAUCUCUUUCGUAUAUACAUAUUUCCAAUGAUUAAAUUGUCUUCCAUUGAUAAUGAUUAUUAUUUUGUUAAGAACAGUAUUAUUUUGUUUUUGUAAUUUUAGACUGUUUCUUUUAAAGUGAAAUUGUUAUUACAUUUAUAAAUGAAUAAAAAAAAAAGAAUUUUUUUUU